AUGGUUCCUAUGAUUAUGCCUGGAAUAAAAGCUUUUGCAGGAAUUCUCAUAGGAUAUUUUAUCUUUGAUGCUAUUAUGGCUGCUCCUACAAUGAGUUCUGUAACUUAUGUUUCCGAAACACAUGAAGUAGCUUUUGAAGAUCUGGAUAAUUUACAGGGCCAUGAUGAAGAACUUUACAUUGACCAAGCACAGGCAGAGAUUGGAGCAGCCUUACCUUCCAUAAUACAAGCAAUUUAUUUAUCUUCUCCAUUGCCAGAAGAACAUGAAGAAGAAGCAUCCACAUUCAAACUUAUUGAUGGUUCUUCACAUCAUGAACCAGAAGUUUCCAAGUCACAUUAUGCUGUUUCAACUUGUUUUCUCUGUACCUGUCUGGGUACCUCAAUAUACUGUGAUGAUCGUGAACUAGAAAUUAUUCCACCCUUGCUUAAGCAAACCACUCAUUUCUAUGCUCGCUACAAUAGAAUAAAGAAGAUAAGGAGAAAUGUUUUUGCUCACCUAAGCAACCUGAAAAAAAUUGAUUUGACUUCUAAUUUCAUCUCAGAAGUGGAUGAAGAUGCCUUUAGAAAUUUACUACAACUUCAGGAGCUGAUACUUAGAGAUAAUAAAAUAAGUCAACUUACAGAAUUACCAGCAACACUUACAUUCAUUGAUAUCAGCAAUAACAGGCUUGGUCGCAAAGGGAUAAAGCCAGAAGCAUUUAAAGAUAUGAUUGACUUGCACCAUCUUUAUAUCACUAGUAAUAAUUUGGAUCACAUCCCAGUUCCACUCCCUGAAAGUCUCCAAUCUCUUCAUCUGCAGAAUAACAAUAUUCUGGAGAUGCAUGAAGAUACUUUCUGCAACAUAAGUGAAAAUACUUAUAUUCGUAAACUUCUUGAAGACAUUAGAUUAGAUGGCAAUCCCAUCAACCUGAGCAAAACUCCAUAUGCCUAUACAUGCCCUCCCUGUUUGCCUGUUGGAAGCUACUCCUAA